ACCGGCUUCGCUACCCUAGACCCACCGGCGAUCCUGGGGAAGAUCGGAUAUAAUGGAUAUCCGUGGACAUAACUUCAAACCAGCAACUUCAGUCUCUACUCAUUUUCCUCAUACGGAUCAUUCUCUCGAUAUGGCUAACAAAUACGUCACGCAAGGCCUUCCGGCCGCCCCAGAAAUCUCUCUCAAGACCAUCCCCAUGGCAGGCUUGCUUGUCGAUAUUUAUGGUCUUGAUGAACUCCCUCCCAAUGUCCCUGUGUCAUGCCUAUGGCUUCUCCACCCUCGUACCAGAUCACGAGAAACUAUGAAUGAUAUCGCCAGACGCACUAUAGGAGCAUGGGGCGCACAAGCUGGAGCCAAUCCCAAGCGAGGCCUCAUCGCCUUGACAUUUGAUAUGCCUAACCACGGAACUAGAAUGGUUAGCGAGUCAGCGAACCAUCCUUGGAGUAAAGGAAAUGCGACACAUGCGCUUGAUAUGUUUGGUAUGGUUAAGGGUGGAGUAUCAGAUAUGAGCGGUCUCAUGGAUCUUGUUUCGGGGUAUCUUGGCCGUGAAAUUGAUGGUCAUGUGUGCCUUGGUUGGAGUCUGGGCGGACAUGGUGCCUGGCAGGCUUUCUUUGGAGAGAAGAGGAUUGAUGCGGCUGUAGUGAUCAUCGGAUGCCCUGACUUUACAGGACUCAUGUCUGGUCGCGCUGCGGGAGCGAAACUCGACUGUGGCGCUGAUUUUAUCGGAAGCAAGUAUUUCCCCAAGGAUCUUAUCGAGAUUUGCAGCAAACAUGACCCCAAAGCUAUCUGCUUCGGUACUUCACCUAUCCCAUCUUCACUUUCCUCUGCCGAACAGACUCGCCUGAGGGCUAUCCUGGACGAACGCGCCAAAGGCAAGAAGCUGCUCCUGUGCUCGGGCGGUGACGAUGAGUUGGUCCCGUACGCAAACACCAAGGAGUUUGCGACGUUGUUGAAGGAAGCUGUGAGUGAGAAAGGCUGGUAUCGUGAUGGCGGGUUGGAGGUGGAUGAUAGAGUUUAUGAGGGUAUUGGACAUAAGUUCAGUCCUAAGAUGGUGGAAGAUGCUGUGUGGUUCUUGGUUAAUGCAGUGGGAAAGGGACCGAGAGGCAAGGCACAUGUUAGAGAGGGGGAGAAAAGUGUUCUAUAGAUUUGUGGUAUAGACAUAGAUAUGAUAGG